ACCCCCACCCGCGGCCGGAUUAUUUAGGCGGUGUGUGGGCCAGGCAGCACUCAGUACCCUUGGGCCCAGAGUGCUUUACACACACGCUUCAAUUCACUCCAUACAAACAUGUCUCGGCAGAUUCCUAUGAUGUAUAGGGACCCGUUCUUCAGAGACUUCUGGAACGACCGGGACGUCUUCGGGGACCGGAGCAGAGAAGCCGUCUUCGAACGCCCCUCCAAGAUCUUCGACCAGCACUUCGGGUCAGUGAUGGCCGAGGAGGACGUGUCGUCACCCACCGCCUCCCUCUACACCUGCUGUCGCCGCCCGCCCCGCGAGCGCUCCGGGAUCUCCUCCCUUAGUCAACACACCGACAAGUUUACCAUGUCGCUGGACGUUCAGCAGUUCAAGCCGGAGGAGCUGAAGGUUCGUGUGGUGGAAGGCGUCGUGGAGGUGGAGGGUAAACACGAAGAGAGGCAAGACGAACAUGGAUCCAUCUCCAGGCACUUCGUCAGGAAGUACACGCUGCCUGAGAACGUCCUGGUCGACAUGGUGGCGUCCUCCCUCUCUCCUGAUGGUGUUCUCACCAUCGAGGCCCCGAAAAAGGUUCCUGGUUAUAGUGCAUGCUUAGCUAGCCAACAUCUCUGA